GCAUUGCUAAAUUAUUGUUAGCUGUUUCGUUAUUAUUGUAUAAAUUUGAUCAAACUGUUGCUGCGCCAUUGUAUUUGUUGUUGUCGCUGCUAAUUAGCUGGUGUAAUUUGUGCAGUUAAUUUGUUGUUGAUUGGCAUUUCGUUUAAUUAAUUGCAGCCUUUUAUACGAUCUAAUUGCCAAAUUAUUGUUGGGUUAUUGGUACAGAUUUGUGUUUGCUGAGCUUUUGCGUUAUUAAUGUUGAUCUAUUUUAAGUUAAUUGCCAAUUUAUCUUGAUUUUGUUGAUUGGCAGUUGUUUAAUUAAUUGCAAACUUUUAUACGAUUUAAUUGCCAAUUUAUUGUUGGGUUAUUGUUACAGAUUAGUUUUGCUGAGCUAUUUCGUUAUUAAUGUUGACUUAUUAUAAGUUAAUUGCCAAUUUAUAGGUUCAUUGUUGGGCUAUUUGACCGCUUUCUUGAUUUUGUUGGAUUGAGAAUUAGUUAUUGUUAGUCCUGCGCUUUGCUAUUUGUUAAUGCUACCAUUAUUUUAAAUUAAGUUGGAUGAAGCAAGGUAUGUGUUCAUGCAAUUAUGAGUGAUUGAUGUUAUUUAAGGGGGUUCAUUUGUUUAUGAUGCUAUUAUUAGCUUAUAAUAUAUUGCUUAUAAUAUGGUUUACCUUGCUGACCUUCUUUUUUUUAUUUUUUAUUUUUAGUAUUUCAUUGUUUAUAGUGAUGUCUUUGGGAUUUGUUGAUGAGGCACCUUCUAACCUAUUGGUUUUUCAUAUUGUUCAGCGGGUAAGAGCGAGUGAUCUCUUUUUUAAAAACUGAUAUGGAGUGUUGGGCAGUGAGAUUGCUGGCGCAUGCUUUGUAAAGUGGAAAAUGUAGCUGGCUUUUUCGAUUUUCCUUUUUUUUUUUUGGGCUUGGGUGUGUUUACUCUUUUGCCUUUAUUGUGAUUAUAUAUAGCAUAGCAUAAAUAUAUGGGCCUUUACUUGUUUUUCUUCAUCAUCUAUCUAUAUAUUUACAGAGCUCAACUUCAUGGGGAUUACAUUAGAGGUAAUGUUUCAUUUAGAUCUAAAUAUGGUUGCUGUUAGUUAGCAUCCUUGCAAUUAUGGAUCACAAUCCUUUCAUUUUACUGACUUUGGAAAUGGAACAUUUAUGACAAACAUUCCCACAGAUUAUGGACACAGCAACACUCUUCCAUUCCACUUGUGAGGUUGAUGAAUGUAGACUUGAAGAAUUUUUUGACAUGCCUGAUGGAUGAAACAGAACAUUUGUUGCUUCACUUGCCAUGGGUACCUUGGUUUAUGUUCUCAUGAGUAUGUACAUCUUUUUUGUGUUGGCCUUGGAUUCACUGACCUGCACUUAUAAAUAAAUUGGUAGACUUUUUCUCUGCACAUGAUGCUUCCUUAUCAUAUGUUUUGAUUACAGUAGUACAGCUGAUGAUUUAUUGUUCAAUCUGGCUUAGUAUUCAUGUUUUAAUAAUUUUACAUUUAAAGCUUGGUUUAUGGUAGAAGUAUUGAAAUGCUUUUGGGUUUUGUUGCAGAGUUAUGAUCUUGCAGUGGGUGGAGAUACAGCUGGUUCUGUUGCUGGGCCUCAAACUCGGAAAAUAUCUAUAUCUUUUUCUUCCCUGCUCAAGCAAGUUGUUGAGUACCUAAAGCUUCCACCACCAGCAUAUUAUUUGGUAGAUGUCCGCAAGAACUCUGUGAAAGUUGAUUUGGAGACUAUACCAGGCGUGGAAUCUGUUUAUGAGGGUGGUGCAGCUGAAACGGUUGGAGAAUCACGUGAAAAGGCUGCAGAAGAUGCUGUGCGUUCCUUGCGGAUAGAAUACAGUGUUCAGGUUGAAGACUUGACUUCUAAGGAAAUCUGCAAGCUUGAGCGUUGUGAAUUUCUGUAUCAGAUGAAACGCAUUGAACUUGAAUCUGUGGAAAGAGCUGGAAGUGAAGUGCCAGUGAAGUGGCCAUCUGUUCCUAAUCACAAGAAGCGCAAGAAAUAUGUCUGUAUUGACUACACAGAUGUUUUGCGCGUUCUUGCUUUGGAGACUAAAGCACGUGUUUCAGAAGUUGAGACUUUCCAAGUUAAACCAGGGAAGUUCUUGUCAUGGGUUACAAUUUAUGCCCCCUCAAUUGCUACUGGAAUGGAGUGCACUUUCAGCACUGUCCAUGCCUGUUCUAGGGCUACCAAGCAAGAUGCAGCUAAGAAGGCUGUUGAGUUCCUGCGCACUGCUUUCAAUCUUGAUAUCAUUGAUCUGAUUUAUGGAAAUGGAGUAUAUGCUGGAAUUAAGUGCUCUUUGGCUCGGGAAAGCUAUUUAGCAGCUAAAGAGCGUGUGCUUGGGAUUCAAGGUGCUUUGCAUUUAGCUCCUUUUUUGGGUGAGGAUGGAUGUGUCACACCUAAGUCAGCUGUGCAUAAGAUACCGUCUCCUGCUCUUCCUCCGCCACCGCCUCACAAGCCAAGAGCCAGGUCAUCUUUUGGUGCUUGCUAUGGUUCGCAGCCAUCACCAGCUCCAGCUGAACUUGAUGCCUUCUUUAAACGUAGGAAGCUUGAUUGAUUGACCGUGGUGCUUUGCAUGGGGGGGGGGUGGGUUUGCUGUUUUGCAGUGCCAUAGUACUAGGUUUGUUUUAGGUGUUUAGGUAUGGUGGAAGACAUGCUUAGUUUGCAGUGCUUUGUAUUUGGGAGGGGGCUUUGUUUUGUUAUUUUUGGUGCUAUGUUCCCUUUGUUUGCCAGGAUGUUAAAUAGUGGCAAUGCAACAUUUUGUAAUGCUUAGAUUUCAACUGAUUUGUAUUAGCUUAGCAGUUAUUCUGGGAACAAUAGCCUAGACUGGUUCUCCAGCAUCUAAUGUAUUUUGUCUGUUUCACUUAAUCAAUGAAAUUUAAUUUCUGUGUCA